AUGCCGUUUGCUGUCGUGCACCCCACUAUCUCCGGUCGAACUGGCGUCCUCCGUUGUUGUUGCUGUUUCCAAGGGUUGGAUUCACAAGGGGGUUUUUCCCCUUCGACUGUCCAUCCUGUCAAAAAACCCGAUAAUUUCUCUUGUACCCUUGAAUCUCCUGAUGUUUUCAAUAUCCGGUCUUUUCAUUUUUACAUUGUACACCAUGGUAAUACUGGAGCCGGUGGAUUUUAUGAAUGCCUACCUCUCACCUUGAAUACGGAUGUUUAUUUUCAUGUUGUGCUUGUUUUGCCAAGGCAUGACAGUUCCGAUCCGCUGACGACGUUGAACGAUAUGCUGUCAUCAUUGUGA